AGCUGAACUCCCAGAAUCCUCCGCGAGGCGCGGAAUCCGAAUAUUUACAUGAUGGAACAGAAAUAUCAGGAGCUGUGAUACGCGCAUUUCUAUUUAUAAUAGACUUGUUUUAUUCUUAUGCUCGGAUACAUGUAGCGCAUGGUGUCGUUGUGUAAACAGCCGAAAGGAACAUAUUAGUCAGUCAGCUGUGUGAAAUAGCGAAUGUCAACUUUAUGUGGAAGUACUUUGGUCAUCCCUCGUGUGUUGGAGGUGAGCAGACAGAAGGAGUCUGAUAGACUGACUGAGGAUGAGUACUUCAGAUCUGAGCCCUGCUUCCAGCACAUCUGCAGACUCCAGAGAGAAACUCCAGCAUCUGCUGAGUGCCGUGAGAGAGAUCCAUGACACUGCUCUGCAAGAAUUGCAGGCAAAAAUAACCAAACUGAAGAAAGAGCGCUGUCUAGAUGCUCAGAGACUGGGUGAAUUUCACAGCAAGAACCAGCAGUUACGAGAACAACAGAAGAUCCUGCAGGAGAAGAGCAGACAGUUAGAGGACAGGGUGCGUUCUGGACCAUGUGACCAUUGCGCUGUGACGGAGAAGCAGAUUAAAAAGACCAACACUGAGUUUGAAGAUACUCAUCAGAAAAAUCUGUCUGUCAUCUCUGAACUUGAGGCAGAGAGGAAGACUCUGAAAGAUGAAAACAGGAAACUGAGUCUUGAGCUGGAGCGACUUAGAAAGUCAGGUUCUCCGCAGAAUGUGUGUUCUGAGGCCGAGGAGGGGAUGAUCCCAGACUCCCCUCUCCGUCCGCUGUCCUUACCUGUUGCCAGCAAGAUGAAACGACGGAAAGAGCAGAACCACGUCCGCUACGCUGAGACACCACUAUCACUCUCAUACCCUGAACCCAGGCGAGAAGAGCUGUCUGUGCCCUUCAGCUGUAAUGGCAGAGAUGUGUUGGUAGCUGAGACAUGUGAAAUGGAUGUCACUUGUAUUGCAGAGCCUCAAACAAAGAAACAUUUCAGGACUGUGGUUCCUGAGACCUGCCGGAUGGACGUCUGUCCAGAACAGUUUGAUGAUAAAGAUGAUGAUGAUCUUCACACUUCACCACACGCUGAACGAAACCAACAACCUGAGUCACACGACUGCACAAACAUAGUCACUGCAGUCCAGAAUGACGAAUCGCCGUCCGUUUUGCGUUGCCAUCCAUUGGGUUCUCGAGAGCAGCAGCCGCCUGCAGACGACUUUCCCCACACACCUUCAAACACCAGCACACGUGUGCCAGUUAAAGGGAAGAGAAAACAUAAAGAUGGCAGGAAAAGUGAGAUUUCUGAUUCCAGCCUGGAUGAUCCUGAUGAAACCGAAAUCAAGGGGAUGAUGUUGGCUUCCACUCCAACUAACAAUCGUAUACAGAACAAGAAUCGGGAAACAAUGGAUUCAAAGAAGAGGAAAUGUUCGGACCAGCACACGCCUCGCAAAAGUUCUCUUCAGAACCAAAACAUGCCUUUUCCAUACGAUCAGAGCUGGAGUGUUGAUCCAGGAGCUGAUCUGGAUCAGUAUGAUACGGAGAGCUCUCCUCACCCAGAGACCAGAGCAGACAUAGAAACGAUGGACACUGACUGCACGUUUGUGAGUCACAGUCUCCUUCUGAGAGGCCAGAAGAGGAUGGGACAAUCCCAAACCACUGGAAUUGGGCAGAAGGCAAACGACAGCCUUGCUGACAUCUUCGAUAAGACAGGAUGUGGAGAAUAUGAGUCGUGUCCGCAGGAAGAGAGUUUUGAUCCUAAACGAGACGGUACAUAUGAGGAGGAGAGAGAGGAAGAUGAUAAUGAGGAAGAACAAGUGGCAGCACACGAAUUCCGCCGGCCUGCAGACCCCGAACAAGUGACGUCCGACAUUAAUAGAUCUAGCAGGAAUAAGUCUUUUGCUUGUGUGGAAGUUGUGCGUAAGAAAGACGAAAGGAGAAAACUGAAAGGCCACUAUUGUAAAGAGUGUGAAAAUUACUAUGCAGGCCUUCCAGAGGAAGAAAGACAGAAAAAACUGUCUUCCUGUUCACGUCAUCGCUACCGCUACGUCCCACCUUCCACUCCAGAGAACUUCUGGGAAGUGGGUUUCCCAUCAACACAGACCUGUGUGGAAAGAGGCUACAUCAAAGAGGACGACGAGCCAGACGUGCGGAUACGCAGGAGACGGCCGUACCUCGCCAUGUUCUCACCGAAAGCCAAGUCACAAAAACAUCAGCACUGAGUGCAUCCGUUAUAAGUUCAGAUAUGAUUUAAAAACCACACUGGAACUAAAUGGAUGAAUAUGUAAUUCUGUCUGCUCACGUCCUGAAUUAUAGCUGCUUAUCUUAUUUACUUUUAUAUGUACUUUUCUCAUUUGUGAGUAAUUCAAUGUGCUUAGAUUUUAUAAAAUGACCUCGAGUAAUAAACAAACCUCGUUUUGUCUGUAAGAGAAGAACUGCGUAAAUUGUUUGACAUUUUGUAC